UUGCUUCCGUGAGGCCGUGACAGAUGGAGGGAAAGAGGACGCCUCGCCCUUUUGAAAACAAAAUCUCGACUCGGGACCUAUUGCGGUAGGGGCGGAGCGACAAUUCUCGCGCUCGGACCAGCUGCAGCUGCGCAGUCACAUUUCCGUCCCCGCCCCCGAUAAACUGCAGAACGAUCUGUCAUGGUGGCCGGGAUGUUAGGUUUGUGCGGCCGCCGCCUUUUGGCGGUGGCGGCGAGGCGAGGGCUCCCGGCUGCCCGUGUUCGCUGGGAAUCCAGCUCCUCCAGGGCUGUGAUCGCCCCGUCCGCUGUGGCGGGAAAGCGGCCGCCGGAACCGACUUUACGCUGGCAGGAGGACCCAGAUCCCGAGGACGAAAACCUCUACGAGAAGAACCCAGACUCCCACGGUUAUGACAGGGACCCUGCUGUGGACCUCUGGAACAUGCGAGUCGUCUUCUUCUUUGGCUUCUCCAUCAUCUUGGUCCUUGGCAGCACCUUUGUGGCUUAUCUGCCUGACUACAGGGUGCAGGAGUGGGCCCGCCGGGAAGCUGAGAGGCUUGUAAAAUACCGAGAGGCCAAUGGCCUCCCCAUCAUGGACUCCAACUGCUUCGACCCCAGCAAGAUCCAGCUGCCAGAGGAUGAGGACUGACCGGUUACUGAAAGGGGCUUAAGAAGCACCACCUUCUCCACCCCUUGUCUGCCAUUCUGCCCUCUCUUCAGAGCACCUAAUUAAAGGGACUGAAACUGUGAAAAAAAAAAAAAAAAAAAAGAGUAAAA